AUCGAAGAAGAGGUUCUUCAACAAGAGUUAGUGAGCCACCACCGUAGCUUGCUAGCCAACAGCCGAAAGAUUCAAGCUCUUUAGACUUCGGUGUAUAUUCGCCCCUGUGUUUUGAACACACUUUGGUCGUCAAGCUCGUUUACCAUUAACAUUUCAUAUUUACGUUGCUAGUAGUUAGCUAGCUGGAUAGCUAAAACAGCCUAGCACUAGGCUAGUCGAUGAUAAUAAUGUGCUAACUAGCUAGCUAACAUCCAACCAUGAGCUCAUUAAGCUCCUGCCCUGAUAAAGAAGAGGGGGUCUGCUGGACGGAGAAAGAGGGUCUUUGGCUGAACAUUGUCGUAAAAGAGGAGGAGGAGGAUGAGGCUGUCACAGUAAAAAAAGAGGUAGAGGGUGAGGCUGUUGCAAUUAAAGGUGAAGGAGCUCAAGUGAAGGAAGAGUUCAGAGUGAAAGAUGAGGACGUCGUCACUGUAAAAGAAGAGGGGGAAGAAAAAGUGGAGGGUGCCGUUUUUGGAGUGAAGGAGGAGAUAACUGUAACAGUGAAAGAAGAAGAGACUGGAGACCAGAUUAACAACGGAGAGAGACGAGACUCUCCCUCUGACAGCGAGAAGAGUCCUUCAGGUGAACCAGACCCAAAGACGUCCAAACCAGCAGGACCACACCACUGCUCCCAGUGUGGAAAGAGUUUUACCCAGUUAGGGAGCUUGAAAACGCACGAGAGAAUACACACAGGAGAAAAGCCCUACCACUGCUCCCAGUGUGAAAAGAGUUUUAGGUGGUUAGGUAGUCUGAAAAAGCAUGAGAAGACACACACACGAGAAAAGCCCUACCAAUGCUCCCUGUGUGGUCAGAGUUUUACCCAGUUAGGGGCCCUCAAUAAGCAUGACAGGACACACACGGGAGGUGAUAAGACCUACCACUGCUCCAUGUGUGGAAAGGUAUUUAACCGCUUAAGGCAUCUGAAUAAGCAUGAAAGAAUACAUACACAGGAGGAGAAGACAUACCACUGCUCUCAUUGCGGAAAGACAUUUUCCCAGUUAGAGGACCUGGAAUCGCAUGAGAGAAUAGAGAGGCUGUGUUCUGACUUAUGUUUUUGACUGGGAAUUUGUGUUUUUGUUCAUGCCACAUGAAAUCAAAUUGUGUCAAUUAAGUUUUACUCAAAAAUAGGCCUCGAGACAACUAUGUCUAAAAUCAGGUUAAAUAUUAUAAUGUGUAUUUCAUUUUGAUAAUGUCAUUUAAUUUAAUUGGAUACAAGUAAGUAUAAACCCUCCAAUGUUGUUCAUUAUAUUAUUUGGAUAUUACAAAUGUAAAUUAUUAUGAGUCACUAACAUUACAUUUACAUUUAAGUCAUUUAGCAGACGCUCUUAUCCAGAGCGACUUACAAAUUGGUGCAUUUUACAAUAGUGCAUCUAAAUCUUUUAAGGGGGGGUGAGAAGGAUUACUUUAUCCUAUCCUAGGUAUUCCUUAAAGAGGUGGGGUUUCAGGUGUCUCCGGAAGGUGGUGAUUGACUCCGCUGUCCUGGCGUCGUGAGGGAGUUUGUUCCACCAUUGGGGGGCCAGAGCAGCGACCAGUUUUGACUGGGCUGAGCGGGAACUGUACUUCCUCAGUGGUAGGGAGGCGAGCAGGCCAGAGGUGGAUGAACGCAGUGCCCUUGUUUGGGUGUAGGGCCUGAUCAGAGCCUGGAGGUACUGAGGUGCCGUUCCCCUCACAGCUCCGUAGGCAAGCACCAUGGUCUUGUAGCGGAUGCGAGCUUCAACUGGAAGCCAGUGGAGAGAGCGGAGGAGCGGGGUGACGUGAGAGAACUUGGGAAGGUUGAACACCAGACGGGCUGCGGCGUUCUGGAUGAGUUGUAGGGGUUUAAUGGCACAGGCAGGGAGCCCAGCCAACAGCGAGUUGCAGUAAUCCAGACGGGAGAUGACAAGUGCCUGGAUUAGGACCUGCGCCGCUUCCUGUGUGAGGCAGGGUCGUACUCUGCGGAUGUUGUAGAGCAUGAACCUACAGGAACGGGCCACCGCCUUGAUGUUAGUUAAGAACGACAGGGUGUUGUCCAGGAUCACGCCAAGGUUCUUAGCGCUCUGGGAGGAGGACACAAUGGAGUUGUCAACCGUGAUGGCGAGAUCAUGGAACGGGCAGUCCUUUCCCGGGAGGAAGAGCAGCUCCGUCUUGCCGAGGUUCAGCUUGAGGUGGUGAUCCGUCAUCCACACUGAUAUGUCUGCCAGACAUGCAGAGAUGCGAUUCGCCACCUGGUCAUCAGAAGGGGGAAAGGAGAAGAUUAAUUGUGUCGUCUGCAUAGCAAUGAUAGGAGAGACCAUGUGAGGUUAUGACAGAGCCAAGUGACUUGGUGUAUAGCGAGAAUAGGAGAGGGCCUAGAACAGAGCCCUGGGGGACACCAGUGGUGAGAGCGUGGUGAGGAGACAGAUUCUCGCCACGCCACCUGGUAGGAGCGACCUGACAGGUAGGACGCAAUCCAAGCGUGGGCCGCACCGGAGAUGCCCAACUCGGAGAGGGUGGAGAGGAGGAUCUGAUGGUUCACAGUAUCGAAGGCAGCCGAUAGGUCUAGAAGGAUGAGAGCAGAGGAGAGAGAGUUAGCUUUAGCAGUGCGGAGCGCCUCCGUGAUACAGAGAAGAGCAGUCUCAGUUGAAUGACUAGUCUUGAAACCUGACUGAUUUGGAUCAAGAAGGUCAUUCUGAGAGAGAUAGCGGGAGAGCUGGCCAAGGACGGCACGUUCAAGAGUUUUGGAGAGAAAAGAAAGAAGGGAUACUGGUCUGUAGUUGUUGACAUCGGAGGGAUCGAGUGUAGGUUUUUUCAGAAGGGGUGCAACUCUCGCUCUCUUGAAGACGGAAGGGAUGUAGCCAGCGGUCAGGGAUGAGUUGAUGAGCGAGGUGAGGUAAGGGAGAAGGUCUCCGGAAAUGGUCUGGAGAAGAGAGGAGGGGAUAGGGUCAAGCGGGCAGGUUGUUGGGUGGCCGGCCGUCACAAGACGCGAGAUUUCAUCUGGAGAGAGAGGGGAGAAAGAGGUCAGAGCACAGGGUAGGGCAGUGUGAGCAGAACCAGCGGUGUCGUUUGACUUAGCAAACGAGGAUCGGAUGUCGUCGACCUUCUUUUCAAAAUGGUUGACGAAGUCAUCUGCAGAGAGGGAGGAGGAGGGGGGGGAGGGGGAGGAGGAUUCAGGAGGGAGGACAAGGUGGCAAAGAGCUUCCUAGGGUUAGAGGCAGAUGCUUGGAAUUUAGAGUGGUAGAAAGUGGCUUUAGCAGCAGAGACAGAGGAGGAAAAUGUAGAGAGGAGGGAGUGAAAGGAUGCCAGGUCCGCAGGGAGGCGAGUUUUCCUCCAUUUCCGCUCGGCUGCCCGGAGCCCUGUUCUGUGAGCUCGCAAUGAGUCGUCGAGCCACGGAGCGGGAGGGGAGGACCGAGCCGGCCUGGAGGAUAGGGGACAUAGAGAGUCAAAGGAUGCAGAAAGGGAGGAGAGGAGGGUUGAGGAGGCAGAAUCAGGAGAUAGGUUGGAGAAGGUUUGAGCAGAGGGAAGAGAUGAUAGGAUGGAAGAGGAGAGAGUAGCGGGGAGAGAGAGCGAAGGUUGGGACGGCGCGAUACCAUCCGAGUAGGGGCAGUGUGGGAAGUGUUGGAUGAGAGGGAAAAGGAUACAAGGUAGUGGUCGGAGACUUGGAGGGGAGUUGCAAUGAGGUUAGUGGAAGAACAGCAUCUAGUAAAGAUGCGGUCGAGCGUAUUGCCUGCCUUGU